AUGAGGCCUAAUACAGUGGAACCAGCUCAGGAUCAGGUGGAUCCCAUUCCACUCACUACUGGCUGCAUGGAUUCUGUCACUGCCACUUACUACUACUAUUUAGUUCAUUUCUUCCCUCCCUUUCACCGUGAGAUCUCAGGGUAGGUUGCAACAAUUUAAAUAUUAAAAGCAGUUUUAAAAGAUUCAGUCAAGGUAAUAGGAUAGAUCCUAAAAUAUAUAUCUCAGGUGUCAAUGGCAAGAGGUUGUUUUCGGCAUAUGAUGAAAAUUACAUAAUGAAAGUGUUAGGCACUUAUCUGUGGGAAAUAAAUUCCACAACUUAAGGGCUGCCACAGAAAAUCUCCUCUCUGAAACACUUCUGAGGGCAUUGGACCUAUCAAGCAGCUGAUCUGGUGUGAGGUGGGGUGGUAGUUCCAAUGUUAACCUGAACCCACUCCACCCCCACAAUUGGAGCCACAUGGCAAUUUGAGGGGACUGUGCACAGCCCUACUAUGUACCUUUCAAAUGAUGCUCAUGGCAGUUAACAGCAAUUACGUAAUACAAUAUGGAGUAAAAAAAAGAAACAAACAUAAACACAGACAGGUAAGGUGCCAAUAAACUGGAUAAAAACAACCAGCUAAAACAAAUGACAGUAUAUUUACAAGUGAGCUUAUGCAGUGGCGUAGCAAGGUCAGGUGGUACCCGGUGCGAAAAAUUUCUUGUCAACCCCCCCCCCUUGAAAUUAUUUAAAGAAGGAAAAAUAAGAUACAGUUGCAAGUGUUAUUUUCUGGUUUAUUUACUUAACACUGUGAGCAUAAGCACUUAAAACCUUUUUUCGCGAUGUGAAUUUCUUAUGAAUGAAUUUUUUUUACUGAAUUUUGCAACUUUGGCUUAAUGUACAAAUACAAACAAAUAGCAUGCACGUAAUGUUUAUGUCACUUACCAAACUCAAUAUUAUAGAGAAGAGGAUGAUCACAAUGAAUCAAUGAAAUAAAAAAUGUAACAAAAAUAAAUUCAGCACAACUAACUCAACAGAAUGAUGUGGGGUGACUAACCGGCACGGCAGCGGAUAGGAUUGGUUGUGGGAUGAGUGAUGAUGAGUCACUGGUUGCUUACGUCUUGCUCGAGUACAAACUGCAGAGACAGACUUCGGCGAAUCAGCGGAAAGAAACACCCCUUUUCCUUCCUUAUCCAUACGUUCUCCACUACACAGCGCCAAGUUCAGCCGUGUUUUGUUGCGUUUGUUGACUGAACUAAAAAGUUCCAAUACGUAUUAUGUUGACUUGCUGAGGUUAAUUAAUUGUCAGUCAAAGUUAUUAAACUUGUUUUCAAUAAUAUUUUUUCAAAAAAGUGUUGUAAGCCCAAUUUUAUUUUAUUUUAUUUUAAAAACACAUAUCUUUGCCAUUUUGUCACCCCCCUCAGUGAUGACGCCUGAGGCGACCCACACCCACCACACCCCCUUCCUACGCCACUGAGCUUAUGAAACAAAAGCCAGUCCAAAUGAAAAAAUAUCUCCACCAACCAGAGCAGGGGCUUCUCUCCCUCAUGGCUGCCAAAUGUGAUGGCCUGGGAUUUGGACUCAGAGGCUGAACCUGAGGAAUCCCAGCCUGCACUGGAGUCCCCGCCUCCAGAACCAGCUGAGCUGGGGCUGGGGCCUGAGCCUGAAGGGUCCUCACCUGUGCUGGAUCCUCAGGCGCAGGCACCAGCUGAGUCUGCUCUGGCCCCUGAGAUUAUGGAGGACCCAUUGCCUGCAGGUGCUCCACUCUCAGCCCCGUCAGGGGAAGAGGAGGUUGCCUCUGGGUCCGGUAACCCUCCAGCCUCUCCUGAGCUGCAGAGGCUCAGGGCAGAGAAGCGGAGGGAACUAAGAUCCCGCAGGAGGAGUGCUCGCCUCCAGGCCAGGAGAGGCGAGUCACCUGUGGACUGGGACCGCCCUAUGCCUCGGGGCAGAUAAAAGCCAGUCAGCCCCAGUCCCAGGUUGUGGGAGCAGCGUUGUUGCUAGCCUGUUCCUGCCUGCACAUCUGCCAGAGUUCCUGAUCCCCCGCCUUGGACCCAGCUACAGCUUUAAUGGACAGCCUCCAUACUGCACCAUCGACCUUGGACUGGACUCGGAGCUCGCCUCUCGGUUAGCCCCCCGGGACCAGCACACCAAAGAACCGUAGUGGCAGGGUAGUGUGUCUCCCUUGUAUUCAGUACAAAAUCUGCAUGCUCAAUGCAGCCUACCUGUUGGGCCCCUGAUUUGCUACAAAUUAGUAAUGCAACCAGAGAAACGAAGGAACAGACACUUAUCUUUUUGAGAAAAAAGGAUUGUUCCUCAUCUAAUGCAGAGCUGGCUUUGAAAUGUUGGAGACUGAAAGCUUUAUUCCUGUGUUCUCUGUUGCAACCGGCUGACCCCUCCUUUGCCCACUCUAUACCCUUGGUAUGAAGAAGCUAUAAAAGAGGCAGGAGGAGUAGCCACCACCCCAUCAAAUUAUACAGCUGGGAAAAGGUCAGUGUAGGAUGGAAGGGUAGUAUAAUUCACAUGACCGUGAACAGAGUGCCAGGUCAGUGUCUGAUUUUUAUGCUGAAGGUUUCAAAUGUGAGCAGAAAAUAGCUCAAAAUUGGUUCAUUUUCAUGACAAUCCUGGGGACUCUUAUGGGGAGGGGUAGAGGCAUUUGUGAAUGUAGUCCCAUUAAUUGUCAUAUUUCAAAGAACACAGACUCAGUAUUACCAGGCUAUAGUAGGGAACCUUCUGUUUUCAAAAUGCCAGUUGCACACAUUUUAAAUUAUAAUUUUGAACCUUUUCCCCUGUUAAACUUUACUUAACAACCAUCUUCGGUUCCUGUGUUAAUGUCAAAGAGCUGGAAGGUAUGUGAGAUGUGAUAAUUGCAGGGGGUGGGUGUUAGUGUUGAAACUUGAGGAGGAGGAGGCUCUGAACUUCUUUGAUGCAAGUAGGUUGUGUGUGCAUGAAAAUAAAAACCCCAGAUAUCCCUUAUAGAGAUUACACAAGCUCCAGAAUGUGCCCAGAGGAAGGAGAUAGAGAAGAUGAAGGCUCUAGAGACCAUGUCUUAUGAAGAACUAGAAAUAGGAUAUGUUUAGCCUGGGAAAGAUGGUUAAGAGGCAAUAUGAUAGCCAUCUUCAAUUUUUUGAAGGACUGCCACAUAGCUCUGGAAUGGAGAACUAAACUCCACCUCUCAUCAGCUGAUGCCAGCAUGGGUAAUAGUCAGGGAUGGGAACUGUAGUCCAGCGACAUUUGAAGGGCAAUUGAUUCUCUACUACUGGCAUAGAUGAUAGGGGAAAAUGUUUUCAGUUCCUCCAGAGGGUAAGACCUGAACUAAUAGAUUCAAAUUACAAAUUCUGAAAUUGUUCUAUGGGUCCUUGGACCAAAAUACAGUGGUACCUUGGGUUAAGUACUUAAUUCAAUCCGGAAGUCUGUACUUAACCUGAAACUAUUCUUAACCUGAAGCACCACUUUAGCUAAUGGGGCCUUCUGCUGCCGCCGCGCUGCCGCAGCACGAUUUCUGUUCUCAUCCUGAAGCAAAGUUCUUAACCUGAAGCACUAUUUCUGGGUUAGAGGAGUCUGUAACCUGAAGCGUAUGUAACCUGAAGCGUAUGUAACCCGAGGUACUGCUGUAAAGAUUUAUAUUGUUAUUAAUUACAACAAUAGGGAUUUAGACCAAACAUUGGGAAGACCAGAUUGCCUUAGAAGGUGGCCGACUCGCCUUCAUUAGAAAUUUUUAACUGGAGAUUUGUUGGCCAUGUAUCAGAGAUACACUAGCAGCUGAUAUUUUGCAUCUUCAGGCAUUUCAGCUAGCUGUCAAUUUGGUCCCAUCCAGCUUUAUGAUUCCAUGAUGCUUCAACCUAGUUUCUAUUGCAGAAUUUACUCCUCUGAACAUUUCCAAUGGGACAGAAGUUUACCAGAUCCCUUUUCCAGUUGAUCUUUACCCUACUCAGACCUACCAAUUUCAGAACUAUGCUGCAGUGGUAUAUAACUUAACUUGAGAAAACAUGGGGUUUUACAACUGGUAGCAAAUGUAAAUACUGUUAGCUUUACAAAGAUUCCUCAAAAUUUGUGCAGCUGCACUUGAAGUAAAAUCAGUAGCUUCAUACAGGGCUUAGAAUGUUUCUGAAUCCCACCCCCAAUAAAUUUGUCUAAGGAUUAUAGUUUGUAAGCAGAAGCUGGUAUUUCAAUGUGGAACAAAUGCAUUAGGAAUCCUACAUUUCACAUACUCUCUCUUUCCUAAUUUUUGAACAGAGGGAGCCUUGAGCAUUUGUGGUUUGCAACAAAUUUUAAUUCCUUGCAUUCAUUCUGCCCUCCCCACAUUCUUGAUACCACAUGCACAUUGACAAAACAUUGUAAAAAGCCGUUGUCAUGUGAUUGCAUGUACAGUUCUAUCAAGAUUCUCUUUGAAUUGUGUUUUACUAACAGAAUGGGUGUUCACACCAGUAAUACACAGCAAAGAAAGAAUGCCAGUACAAUUAUACCUCAAUCUCAUUGGUGUUCUUUUUUCUUUUGCAGUGUUUUAUCAAUGCACAUGCUUGCAUUG